CGUACGUAUUAAAAUUAAGUUCUAUAUUAUUACAUAUUAUUCAUAUUAUUGCUAUAUCAGAUAAACUGAGCCGUACAAAUAUUCUAAAAUCAUCAGUAAUUCCAUUGUACAUGCAAAAUAAAACGUCACCUCCGAUCUUGACGAAACUUGGGCGCCAAGCGUUUCAAGCAAAGAUACGAUUUCGGCCGCCAUUUUGUUUUUUCAUAUACGUGAGAUUUUUGAGUUGAAACUACUCUAGAUAAUUUUUAAACAUCAAAAAUAAGGUCCACACAAAAUUUUAGACAAAUCGCAGAGAUCGAAAAAUCCGCCAUUUUGUUUUUAACGGUUUGUCCUAGAGUGACGGAAGUGAACUCUUUCGACGCAGGGAGAGUGAUAAAGCAUUACUGCUAAAAUUCAGCUUGAUUAGAAUAGGCAUAUUCAUUUAAAAGGAAAAAUAAAAAUAAAAAAUUUCGCUAUUUUGUUUUUAAUGCCUCAUCGGAGAGGAUCGAGACUGAUUUUGUUUAACUCGGCUAAGAGAGGAGAAUACAUGAUAUAACUCCCGUUAGCCUAAACCUAUAAUUUAAAUAAAUAAUAAUUCUAAUUUUUCUUAUUCCUAGAUAUAGAAUCUUGAGAUUUUACAUACGUAUAAUAGGGACCAUAGUAUACGUCCCCAUCAAGUUUUGAAUAAUAUUAAAUAAUAAUUAAUAAAUAAUUACAGUUGUACUAAGUACGACCUACCAUAUCACUAUCUUAUUUUAUGACACCACGAGUGCCUAGAGAUUCUGAAUUUCCAGUUAUUAUACCAUCAGACCCACCCGCGGAACAAAUAUUUUAUUGCCAGAAAGGCAUCGGAUACAUUCACUGUACGGAAAAAACCGUCAUCUGUAGAAAUUGUUACCAAACUUUACCGUGCAUGGAAAAAAUAUCUUGGCUUAAGAUUUCUAAGCACACCCUUACCAUAGAAGGAAUCAUUGUUGGAAUAAAUUGUGAACAGUGCGAAGCACAACUAACUACAAUCAGAUUGGGUUUCAACUGUGUCGAGUGCACAGAGAAGUACGAUUUAUAUUUAAUCAACCCAGAAUUAGUCCAGGCUCGAUAUAACCAAAACCAAACGAUAACCAUUACGUGCACAUCGACAUAUACGCGGUAGACGUAUACGAAUAGAAAAAAAGCAAAGCAGCAAAUUCGGUAACCAUGGCUUACUCCACGAAAUCCCACAAUUCCGCGAGCUUAGAUUCAGAAAGCAAAAAGAAACAAAAAUAUAUAGAAGACCGCGAAAAAUUAUCGCAACCUAAAACAUCUCAGAAAGAACGCGAUGUGACAGCCAAACGCGCCAGCGAGUCCAUCGAUGCAAAUUCUUUAUUUCACGUUUUGUCACAAAUCCAAUCAGAAUUGUCGCGGUUACGUAGAUUACCGGAACAAGUGAACAACUUAGAACAAAGAAUGAACGAAGCUUCUCGCGCCGCGUCCGCAUACGAUGAAUGCGCCGACCUGCCGGAACAGGAAGAACCCCCCGUAAUCAUGCCAACCCUAAAAUUAAAAGACGUAGUUGCAAACAUUCCCCCGUUUAACGGAUAUCGAAUUUCUAUUUUUCAAUUCGCCCGAGCAUGUGAACGUGCUCGUGAUCUAUUACCAUCAGUGCAGGAAUCGCAGCUGGUACAAUUCAUUAUAAAUAAAAUUGAAGGAGAUGCAUAUCAAGUAAUAGAAGGUAACGUGUACACACGCGUUGUAGAUUUAUUGGACAAAUUAAAAAACAUUUUCGCCCCUAACAAAUCCGUAGCACAAUACCGCGGACAAUUGGCCAACGCGUAUAAGUUGCCAAAUGAAACCAUCCUAAGAUAUGCAGGCAGAAUCAAAGAUUUGAAAUUCGCCAUAUUAGAUGGACAUCGACGUCAGGGUACGAAUAACCCACGCGGAUUUAAUAAUGAAGUCGAGGGAGAAGUCCUCGAGGCAUUCAUCAAUGGACUACCAUCAAACGUAAUCACACGCAUGGAGUACCGAAAUAUAACUACCUUAGAUCAGGCCAUCGAAUGGGCCGUUAAGAUUUCAAAAAAUUUAGAAGUUGAGAAACAGCGCGAACGCCAAAAUACCCCGCGAAUCUUUCCUACGAUGCGCAGACAUAGACAAUAUUAA